ACAAAUUUAUUCGAUACAUAUUUCAACGACGUAUCGAUAUUUUCUCGAUAUAAUGCACCAAACAGCUGAUUUACUUGCGAUUUUGCAAUUUAACGCCCACAUAUUAUUAAUUGUUAUUUACUUCUGAAUAAAUGUGUUUGGUUUCUAAUUUUAUCCAUUUUUUAUAUUAAUAAGUUAGAGGACAGAAUUUUUAAAAAUAAGAAAAUGUCAAAUCCGUUUGGAGAACCAGAUGAUGACGAAUCUUGUGAAAUUUUGGAAGGUUUUCUCUGUCCAAUAUGUAGAGAAGAUCUGAAAUCAGCUGAAUUUUUAACUGUGCAUUUCGAAAGGUCUCAUGCAGAACAGCAGGACGCUCUUAAAUCAGUUUUUAAAGACAUAAUAACCAAAGCUAAAAAUAAAAUCCUUAAUUUUGAUGAAACAUUUGACCUCUCCAGAAGCUUCGAUAAGAAUGCGGCAAUUAGCGGAGCCACUAGUAGUGGAGGCACAGCAGGUAAUAUUGCGACAAAUGCCAUAUCGAAGGCAGAUAAUAAUGGGUUAAAUAUGAGUAAUGCGCGGACACGUACGAAUGUCUUCAAUUUUAUGGAUCGCCAAGAAGUUGGCGCCGAGUAUAACCAUUUGGAGUAUUUUCAAUCAAUAAGAAACCCACGACUGGAGCGAUAUGCAAGUGAAACGAAUAAAUUGAUUAUACGGCUGCAUAAAUUAUUAACAAAUUUACCAAUGGACCCAGUUCUACGAAAACAACAUGAACGCAAUAUUGUUACAUGGUUGGAUGGAAGCUCAGUGAAAUUAUGCCCUAGUUGCGCUAAAAACUUUCACAUUGCUCGCCGUCAACAUCACUGCCGUUUGUGCGGAAGUAUUAUGUGCAAUGAUUGUUCGAAGUUCCUUCCAAUAGAAACUGCUUUGCAACUUGCCAGUUUGGCUACAUCACAAAGCGAAACUAUCAAAGAAAUGCAAAAUUUUACUGAAUCGAAUAAAUCAAAUCCCCAGCAUCAUGGUAUCCGUUCCUGUGAUCAUUGUUUGUGGCUUUUAGAAACUCGGCAAGAAAUGCAUGAAAGUCGAACAUACCGUCCGCUUAUUUCUCAAAUUUAUGCCGAUAUACAAAAAUUGCGCAAGGACGUAUUACCCGAUAUAGAGAUGUAUUUAAAGAUUGUUAGUAGUCUCUAUGAUGGAGAGUCAAUUUUCACCAUUGCCGACGCUAGUGCGUUAAGGGGAAAAAUUGGUCAUGUGGCUGAAGCUAUCGAUUUGCGGAGUAAACGUAUAUUAACUAUACCUUGUCAAGAAGGUAGUCGAGAAGGAGCCUUAAAAAAAGCCAUACGUUUAUCAUGCAGCCAACUAAUCAAAGAAAAAAUUCUGUCAAUACCACCCCUACCUGAGGAGGAAGAUAUUCGAAAAAUUCAAGAUCGUAAACGAAUGGAAGCAGAGCAACGUAUAGAAACCGAACGGCGUCAAGCAAUGGAAGCAUAUGAACGACAAACAUUAGCAAAUAACGCCAGCGCCAGUCAAACCAGAGUAAAUAAUGAGAACGAUUAUGCUUACGGGUCUGACUUGCGAUCUUUAGAUAAUUGGUCAGCGCAACCAGUAAAUAUAUCACAAAGUGAAGAUCCGCUUAUUGAGCAAAUAAAUAUUAUUAAGGGAUACAUAAAACAAGCUCGACAGGAAAUGAAUUUCGAAGUAGUAGAGACAUUAGAACUAAACUUACGAGAGCUGCAAAGAGAAUUCUACGAAAGGCAAAGAGCUUCUAGAGAACUGAAUCUGGACGCGGGAAGAAGCAAACAAACAACUUAAUGGAGAAUUAACGAAACAAAAUUUGUAUACAUUAUAAACGGGAUAAAUGAUAGCGAGAUUCUUUUACAAAUGAAAGUAUUCCAACUAGGCUUAAAACAAUGUUAUAAUUUGCUAUACAUUGAAAGAUAGGAUAGAAUAACGCCCCUGGUAAUCUAAAUUUCUUAACGUUUUCUUAAUUAUAUGACAUAGAAUGUUCACAUUAAUUGGUAUUUUUGCACUACAAGUGUAAUGCAUUAUAGUAUACAUAUGACCGUGCAUGCGUGUUAUAGUGGCAUUUCCUUCAUAAUCAUGAGAUUGUCAUUCAUAUAAUAAAAAUAUAUUCCUACACAUUCCGCA